AUGGUCGGACUCACUUCUGCUGCCGGAAUUAUCGCGCUCCUUGACGAGCAUGACGACGACCUCAAGGUCUACGCCCUCCAAAAGCUGAAUGGCAUUGUGGAUCAGUUCUGGGCAGAGAUCUCGGACGCCGUCUCAAAAAUUGAGAUCAUGUAUGAGGACACAGAGUUCAAGGAUCGUGCAUUGGCAGCCUUGGUCGCCUCCAAGGUCUACUACCAUCUCGGCGAGUUUGACGACUCUCUCAACUUUGCUUUGGGAGCAGGCAACCUCUUCGACCUCUCGUUAAAGUCUGAAUACGUCGAUACUAUUGUUUCCAAAUGUAUUGACAAGUACAUUGCCGUCAAAGUUCAGGAGCAGCAAGACUUACAAAACGCAGAGCCAAUGGAUUCCCGACUCAAGGCUGUGGUUGAGAAGAUGUUUGACCGCUGCUAUCAGGAUGGUGAAUACAAGCAGGCUGUCGGUAUUGCUCUGGAGGCACACCGUUUGGAUGUUGUAGAGCACUCGAUCAAAGCCGGUGGGCCCUCCGUUAUCCUUCCCUACGUUUAUGAUCUGACCAUGACAGUCGUGCAGGAUCAGGCAUACCGCAACACUCUUCUCCAGCUUUUGGUCGAGCAGUUCCGCCAGUUGGAGGAGCCCGACUAUGUCGCCACCAACCAGUGCCUUGUCCAUCUUGGACACCACAAGGCCAGCGCAGAGCUUCUUCAGCAUCUCGUCAGCUCUGGUUCUCAGGCAGAUUUGUUGAUGGCAUACCAGCUCGCAUUUGAUCUCGAGAACAACGCAACACAAAAGUACUUGACCAAGGUCUCGGAUGCCCUUCCUGUCGAUGCUGCUGAUGCCCCUCAGCCAAAGUUUGCCAAGGUGAAGUCGAUCUUGUCGGGCAAGGAGACCAUCAAGCUUCAGCUUGAGUUCCUCUGCCGCAACAACCACACUGACAUGUUGAUCCUCAAGGACUCCAAGGUGAGCAUCUUUGGUAUCCUCAUGUGCAACAACAUCCGUUUGAAACGCGCAACGAAUGUGCUCGAUGCCCGCUUAUCUGUCUACCAUUCCGCAGUCACAUUCGCCAACGCCUUCAUGAACGCCGGAACCACCAGCGACGAUUUCUUGAGACAGAAUUUGGAGUGGCUCUCCCGUGCGACGAACUGGUCCAAGUUCAGCGCCACUGCUGCCUUGGGUGUCAUUCACAAGGGGCAGCUCUCACGAGGACUCAGCCUCUUGGCGCCAUACCUUCCCCAGGAUGGCGUCACUGCCAGCCCUUACUCUGAGGGAGGAUCCCUCUUUGCCCUCGGACUCAUCCAUGCCAACCACGGAGAUGAGGUUCUUGACUACCUUCGCGGAGUUUUGAGGGACACACAGAUCGAGGUGUUGCAGCACGGCGCAUGUCUUGGUCUUGGUACCGCAGGCAUGGCCACCGACAACGAUGAUAUCUACGAGGAGCUCAAGAACGUCCUGUUCAGUGAUAGCGCCAUUGGAGGUGAGGCUGCCGGUUUGGCCAUGGGUAUGGUCAUGCUCGGCACUGCAUCAGAGAAGGCCUUGGACGAGAUGUUGCAGUACGCCCACGAUACUCAGCACGAGAAGAUUAUCCGUGGAUUGGCUGUCGGUGUCUCUCUUGUGAUGUACGGCAAGGAGGACGCUGCCGAUUUCUUGAUCGAGAGACUUUCGGCCGACAAGGACCCCAUUUUGCGCUACGGAGGCAUGUACACCAUUGCCAUGGCCUAUGCUGGAACUGGAAGCAACAAGGCUAUUCGCCGCCUCCUCCACGUUGCUGUCAGUGAUGUCAAUGACGAUGUUCGUCGCGCCGCCGUCACUGCCCUCGGCUUCAUCAUGUUCCGUUCGCACAAGCAGGUCCCCCGCAUUGUCCAGCUGCUUUCUGAGAGUUACAACCCCCACGUCCGCUAUGGUGCCUGCUUGGCUCUUGGAAUCUCUUGCGCCGGAACUGGAUCAUUAGACGCCAUUGAGUUAUUGGAGCCUAUGACCAAGGACAAUGUCGACUUUGUGCGUCAGGGUGCCUUCAUCGCUUUGGCCAUGGUCUUGAUGCAGCAGAACGAGGCGCAGAGCCCCAAGGCCGCCAGCGUCCGCAAGAUGUACGAGGAGGUCAUCAAGAAAAAGAACGAGGAUGCUUUGGCCAAGUUUGGUGCUGUUCUCGGCCAAGGAAUCAUUGAUGCCGGAGGGCGUAAUGUGACAAUCUCGCUGCAGUCUCGCUCUGGACACUCCAACAUGCCCGCGAUUGUUGGCGUCGCUCUUUUCACACAGUUCUGGUACUGGUUCCCAGCAAGUCAUUUCCUCAGCUUGGCCUUCACUCCCACAGCCAUCAUUGGAGUCAAUGCUGAUUUGAACUUGCCCGAGAUUGAGUUCACCUCCAACGCCAGACCCUCGCUGUUUGCCUACAUUCCCCCCACCAAACCCCCAGCAGCCGUUACUGUCGAGAAGGUGGCCACUGCUGUUCUUUCUACCACAGCCAAGGCCCAGGCCAAGGCAAAGAAGGCCAAGAACGCCGAGUCUGACGCCAUGGACGAGGAUGAGAAGCCAGUGGUCAAGACCGAGGAGGCGAAGGAAGACGAGGUCAAGACUACUGCCAAACCCAAGAAGGAGGCCCAGUUUGAAAAGUUGGGUAACUUGGCAAGAGUCGUGCCUGCUCAGUUGAAGUAUAUUUCCUUCGACAAGGAUGCACGCUAUGUCCCAGUAAAGAAGGAUGUGACUGGAGGAAUUGUAGUUUUGCAGGAUAACAAGCCCGACGAGCCAGAAAACUUGAUUGCAACGACGACCUCGGCGGUUGCAUCAACCCCACCAGCGUCUGGUGCCGAUACCAAGAUGGAGGUCGAGGAGGAGGAAGCACCUCUGCCAGAGCCCUUCACCUACCCCUUCGGGGACGAAUAA